AUGCCUCCUCCCGCCCAAGUCGCCAACCUCGAAAUCAAGCCGCCCACUGUUGGCCACAAUGGCUACCAGGCCUUCAAUCCCCGCACUGAAACUCUUCCAAAGGGCUGGAACGGAUUCAAUUCUCGCGCUCUCGAUGAGGAUCUGAUUGUGCAACACGAUGUAGCCAUUCGUGUCCGCGACGGCUGCACCCUUUACUGCGACAUCUAUCGGCCGGUGACCGAAGAGAAGGUCCCAGCGAUUGUCGCCUGGAGCCCUUUCGGCAAGAAACAUAAUGGAAUCAACAUGAUGAAAAAGGUCCGCUGGGGCGUCGGUGUCCCCGAUGGUUGUCUUUCUGGCCUCGAACGCUUCGAGGGUCCCGACCCUGCCGAGUAUUGCCCGAAAGGAUUCGCCAUCGUCAACGUCGAUGCUCGUGGUGCUGGAGACUCCGACGGUUCCAUUGUGAUUAUGGGUACUCAAGAGGGAGAGGAUGGCCACGACGUUAUCGAAGCCUUGGCGAAGAUGGAUUGGUGCAAUGGAAAUCUCGGUCUCGCGGGUAACUCACACCUGGGCAUCGUCCAGUGGUUCAUUGCCGCUACCCAACCUCCAUCGCUGAAAGCCAUUGCUCCGUGGGAGGCUUGUGGUGAUCUAUACCGCGAACAAUUCGUCAGAGGUGGAGCUUGGGACAAUGGUCUCUUCGAUUUGAUUACCCGUGAGACCAUUCGAGGUCGGCACGGACUCGAAGAUUUUAAGGAAAUGUUCCGUCGCAGCCAGACAAUCAACCCAUAUUGGGCAGAUAAGCGCGCUGAGAUUAGUAAAAUCAAGAUUCCGACCUACGUGGUGGCCUCUUACUCCAGCUUUGUUCAUACCAUGGGCUCGGUUCGAGGAUGGCUAGACGUCGAUUCAGAAGAUAAAUGGCUCCGAUGGGACCCUUAUCAAGAGUGGUUCGACUUGUGGGUUGAGAAAGAAUCUCGCGACGAACUGGCAUCUUUCUUCUCCAAGUACCUCAAGGGAGAAGACAAUGGUUGGGAGAAGACCCCGAAGGUGCGGAUGGCUUCGCUGAACUAUGGUAACAUGCCUCCCGAAUAUCCAAUCGUCGCCGACAACUUUCCUCUGCCCAAUACCGAAUAUCGCGAGCUUUUCUUCACGGAGGAGCAUACUCUUGCUUCCCAGCCGCCUGUGAGACAAGCGACCCUGUCUUAUAACUCCGAGAGUCGAAGUGAUCCGGUUGACUUUGUUGGCUUCACAUACAAAUUCUCGCAGAAGACUCGGUUGAUGGGUCUACCCAAGGCCGUCCUUCAUAUGUCUUGCGAUGAUUUAGAUGACAUGAUUGUCUACGUUCUCAUUCGCAAGCUUGAUAAGGAUGGAAAAGAGAUGAUCAAUGUCAACAUUCCCCUCUCAGCUGCGCCAUACUCGAAGGUUGAAGAUAUUCCUCGAGACGAGUAUAGCAACCUGACCAUCUACUACGGCCCGACUGGAAUCCUAAGGGCUUCUCAUCGUCAGAUUGAUCCCGCAAGAUCUAUCCAUCCCCAAUACCCGUUCCAUACGCACUCGGAGGUGCAAAAGAUUCCCCCCGGAACAAUCGUUGAGCUGGAAAUCGGGCUGUGGGCUAUGGGUAUUGACUUUGAAGCUGGCGAGUCCCUGCGUGUGCAAGUCAGUGGUGAGUAUCCUUUGAUCCAGGAGACUAAGUAUGCCAAGGUGGAACUGGAGGUUCGGAACAAGGGAACGCACAAGCUCCAUGUUGGCGGAAACUACCCAUCUCGCAUUAUUCUGCCAUUUGUAUAG